CUGGUGUGUGGCCUGUGUCCCAAAUCCCGCCCCUCGGAACUUUCUUUGUUUCUUCCUUUGCUUUUUAUCUUCACUCUGGCCAGAUCAGCAGCCUGAACGCAAGUUCUGCUGGCUGAACUGAAAAUGCAGAGGUCUUCGGUUAUACGGGAACUACGUAAGGCCUUGUCUGUUGUGAGUGCCUCCAAGAAGAAGCAGGGUAUACUGAUAAAGAGACGCCUGCUUCGGAGACAGAGAAGGAUUAUGGCUGCUGCCCCUAAAUCGCACAUUCAUGUCAAGAAAUUGACUGUGGAAGAAGGAGUUUGCACUGGAAAGAACACUGUACGUCAGCUCCAGGCCCAGGUUGACACAGCAACCCAGGAGGAAAGUUCUCAAGGGCCUGUGCUGCUGAGUCAGCUCCCAGAACCAACAUCUGUGCCGUAUACUCCAGAGACCAUGGGGCAACAACUGACGGUUUCCCUUUCUGGGGAGCCCCAUGGGCCCUCUGCCAUGGCAAGCAUGUACCCAAGCCUGAUUCUUCAGCCCUGUGCCACUGCUGACUCUAUGCUACUGCAGCCACAGAGCCCCAGUGCCUCCAACCAGGCUUCGGUUUCUGCUACCUUGGAGUGGCAGGAGAUGCUGGAGGCUGCUGAAGCUCUGCUGGCUCUGAAGAAUUCUUCGCAGACACGUCACCAGCCCUGUGGCAUGCCAGGUCCUGCUGGAGAGAGGGGACUGCAGCUGGCCAGCCCCUCUAUGCCACCCAGGCCUGCCAGCUCUGGUUCGCUGCCUUCUGGACAUCUCGAUUGCAUGUCCCUCUUGACCUAAGAACCCAGACUACGAGGCCUCGCUAGAGCACUGCCUGUUUGAUUCCUGUUUCUGAACUUGCAAAAUGGCUCCUGUCCAAAGUGCUUAAUGUGUUUUUUAAGCAUUCAGGUAUUUUAUAAGCUUUCAGAUCCUUUUUAUGAUAUAGGGCAAUUACUUGGCUUUCCUAUGUUCUUUAUCCCCAUCCCUUAUUUCUUUGGAAGCUGGGGCUUUUUAUGUGUCUUAUAAAAUGCUUUGUGCAAUCAAAUAUGAUCAAUCAAUCAAUCUCUCGGUGGGGUUCUGAGUGAUAGCAAUGCCAGUGUUUUCCUUUGUGUGCACUUGCACACUGAUCUGUGCACUACUGUACUGACAUACGUAUGUGGAAACAUGAGUAUUUUCACACUGCAUAUAGAUUUGUGUCUACCAAAAAUAAAUAAUUUUAUAAGGCACUAAGAA